AUGGUGACUCAGGAGAAGAGUGAAGUGAUUCAACCACCAACUGCAGUAGACAAGCAAUUAGAAAGUUACUCAUAUACUAAUUGGGCAGCGAAGAUACAAGAACAGUACCAGAAAAUCAAAGAAAAUGCAGAAACUUACCCCUAUGUUUGGGGUUCCUAUAUUGUUGUAUACGGAGGAUUUGGGCUCUGGUUUACCUAUAGAUGGCGAAGGCUUCGCAAAACUGUGGACCGAGUCCAAGUCCUUCAAGAAAGACUUUGCAAACUUGUGCAAGCUGAAGAGUCGACAAAUAAAUUUGGCAACAUGCCACUGCUUGAAGCAAUCAAGGGUGGACAUGAUCGCGUUGCUUCACUGCUUGUUAAAGGAGUUUUAUUGAACAUUAAAAAUGCCGAUAGCUUUCUUUAUACGGUGAUAGCAAAGGGGGAUUCAAAUUUAUUGCGAAAACUACUGUCAAAUGGUGUUGAUCCAAACACCAAAGACUAUGAUCAUCGAAUGCCACUUCAUGUUGCUGCUACUCAAGGACAAUACUCAAUUGCAAAGUUGCUUUUGGGAGCUGGUGCUUCUGUUUUCUCAAAGGAUCGAUGGGAAAACACUCCAGUUGAUGAAGCAAGAGUAAGUGGAAACAAGCAAAUGAUCAGUCUGUUAGAAGAAGCAAAAUCUGCUCAAUUAUCUGAAUUCCCAGAUGUUCCACAUGAGAAUUCUAUGCAUUGA